AUGGAGCAAGUUGCAGCUCCUGUCAUAGAGCUCGUAACCAAGGGCAAGAUGGAUGAAGUCGAGGCCUUCCUGCAGCAGGAUGCCAACAAGCCGAUGGUCACAAAGGCAUUCUACCACUGGAUCAUCCAUGCUUGCCAAACAAAGCUCAACAAACCCGAGGCAGCCCGCUGGUUUGCCACUCGCAUGGAGAAAUCUGGCUACAAAGCAAACGUGGUCACCUUCAAUUGCAUGAUUGGAUCGUGCAUCAAGAAUGGUGAUUUGGAGCAGGCGCGCGCAUGGUGGGACGUCAUGGCCGUCAGCGGCAUCAAGCCCAACCGGAUCACCUACAACAUCCUUAUCAGCUCGUGUGCCAAGACCCGCGAUGCAGCUGCCGCAGAGAAGUGGAUGCUGCGCAUGAUCGAGCAAGGCAUCAAGCCCUGCACUGUGUCCUUCACGGCCGUCAUCAGUGCCUUCGCCAAAGUCGGAGAUCUGAAGUCGGCGGAGAGGUGGUUCUACCGCAUUGAGGAAUCCGGGGAGGUCGCGGACUCGGUGGUCUUCAACAGCAUGAUCAACGCGUGUGCCAAAGCCGGAGACAUUGAAAGCGCCGACCACUGGCUCGGGCGCAUGUUGCAGGCCGGCUUGAAGCCUGAUGAUAAGACGUACAACAGUCUCAUGCACGCCUGUGGUCGAAACGGCAAUCCGGAGCGUGCCGAGCUUUGGUAUGCGCAGAUGACAUCACAAGGCUUUCGUCCGGACCGGAUCACUUUCAGCACGAUCAUCAACUCCUGCGCCAAAGCCGGAGAAAUUGAGAAGGCCACGCACUGGAUCAAGGAGAUGGAGAACCACGGAUUCGCUCCCAACCUCAUGUGCUACAAUUGCCUCCUGCAGGCCUGCGCCGUGCAGAGCAACACAGCCGCUGCCCAGCUCUGGUUCUCCGUGCUGACUUGCAAAGGCCUGGCGCCGAGCACCAUCAGCUACAACUGCAUGGCCAGCACGUUCCUCCAAGCACAGCGGCCCGAUCUCGCGAUGGACUGGCUGUUCAGCAUGAUCCAAGACGGCUGCGAGCCUGAUGCCGUGACAUAUGCGCUGUUGACAGAUCAGAAUGCUGACAAGCUGCUGGAAGGCUUCGGAAGGCACUCCGGGAGAACUUUGGCGAAAUUCAUGGAGGCGCGUUGGUACUUGCUCACGACCGGCGACGCCUACGUGUUCUUGCAGGCUUAUCUGAAGUUGAUGGAACACUUCAAGAUUACGCCUCCAGAUCAUGUCAUGCGCGACAUCGCCGGCUAUGUGAUGCUGAAGCAAGCAAGCAUGCUGGAGACUGCCAAGGUUUCCCCACCUCCGGCAGCGAAGAAGCUGGACAUCGCGCCCGAUGUUUCACAUGACAUCAAGCUGCCUGUGCUAUCCGGCGAGAUGUCAAUCAUCUUCAGUUUGUAA